CACAUUCGAGACGGCGCAUUGAUAUAAAGGCGUACUUAGCUAACAUAUCCUUCAUUCUCUUUGGCUGGCGUCCAUUCGUGAAGUGACAGCUCUUCUACACCACCGUGGUUUGAAGUAACUGCUUGUGAUUAAUCCAUUUGUAGACGGACAUAGAAUUAAAUAUGUUAUUUAACAACAUUUAUGUCUUUCUGGUCAUUUAUAUUUUUGCGGUAUUUGAUAUCGGGAAUGCCAGAAAGUCCACAAACGACGCCUUUCUGACUAAAGUAUCGGCUUGUUGUCAAUCGGCAAUUCUGGCGGUGAAGACACAAAGGAAUCCAAAUUGUAAAGCAAUUGGUCGACGUGCAUCUUCUGGACUUAUUUGUCGUACAUCUGCUGAAUUGUGUUGUGUAAAGCAGUUGCAAGAAUCUUUAUGCAGAAAGGGAAGAUCGGUCGCAAUUAAUGGCGGUUCCUGUGAUUUGGACUCUACGCGUUAUUAUGGUAGAGAAGAUCACCAAGAGUGCUGUUAUUGUUGUUAUCUUGGAAUUGAGGCCAAACGGAAAGGAAUUGGUUGUCAAACUUCCGCGGUUCUUGGUUUCCCUUGUCAAAACGCAUUUUCAAGAUGUUGUUUAAUGGAUGAUCCACAUCCUUCAGGUUUUCCAACAGGAGUGUUUGGACCAGUAGUAGCAACAACUGCACCAAGAACAUGCUCUAAUUUAGGAUGUUCUCAAAGUUGUGUUCUCCUCAGCGGUGUUCCUACUUGUGUUUGUAGGAACGGAUUUGAACUAAAUGUGAAUGGUCGUACGUGCAACGAUGUGAAUGAAUGCGCCAGAGGUGUAGUGUGCAAUCAAGGUCAAGCGUGCAGAAACACGUACGGGUCAUACGAGUGCGUUAAAGGCGCACAAGUUGUCACCGUUGCCCCUACUAUCACGUGUCCAAUAGGUCUCGAAGUUGAUCCCGGUAGAAGACAAUGUCGAGAUAUAAACGAGUGUGAACGAUCUCCUUGUCAACCCGAGGAACAGUGUCAAAAUUCGAUAGGAAGUUAUACAUGCAACCCAAGAUGCCCAAGUACAUAUGUAUUCAGGAAUGGUCAAUGUGAAAAAAAAUGUCGUUCAGGAUUGAGGUGGGACGGUCGACGAUGCACGGAUAUAGACGAGUGUAAUACAGUAAGGAAUGCCUGCCCAAGUGGACAAUCAUGUGAAAAUGUUCAAGGCAGUUAUCGCUGUCGUUGUCCAAGUGGAUAUACACUUCGCAACUCAAGAUGUUAUGAUAUAGACGAGUGUAAUACAGUAAGGAAUGCCUGCCCAAGUGGACAAUCAUGUGAAAAUGUUCCAGGCAGUUAUCGCUGUCGUUGUCCAAGAGGAUAUACACUUCGCAACUCAAGAUGUUAUGAUAUAGACGAGUGUAAUACACUAAGGAAUGCCUGCCCAAGUGGACAAUCAUGUGAAAAUGUUCCAGGCAGUUAUCGCUGUCGUUGUCCAAGUGGAUAUACACUUCGCAACUCAAGAUGUUAUGAUAUUGAUGAGUGCCGAGAAGGUUUGUGUGCUAGGCAUGAAACAUGUACUAAUCUGCCUGGAACGUAUCGUUGUGAAGACAAAUCGAGGUGUGACCCUGGAUAUCGCCGUCAGAGUGGAGCCUGUGUUGAUGUAAAUGAGUGUUUAGAUUCCAGACGGUGCUCCAGUGAUCAAGUGUGUGUAAAUACAGAAGGAAGCUACGAAUGCAGAGUCCGAUGUUCGUCCGGUUAUGAGCGAGAUCCAUCCACUAAUGAUUGUAGAGACAUCGAUGAGUGUGCGGUUGGUAACCGAUGUGGGCCAAAUAGAGAUUGUCGAAAUCUUCCUGGAACCUUUAGCUGUAUUCGGGGAUGUCAACCUGGAUACGAGAGAAAUAAUGGAAGGUGUGAAGAUAAAGACGAAUGUCUUAUAUAUAAUAUAUGUUCUCCUCCGAGACCUGUAUGUGAAAAUAUACCUGGUAGUUACAGAUGUAAUUAUCGUAAAUGUCCUGAUGGCUUUGAAAGAAGACGAGAUGGACGAUGUCAUGACAUCGAUGAAUGCACUACCGGAAGACACAGAUGCAGAGCCAAAACUGAAAUGUGUGUUAAUGUCAAUGGCACAUACUCGUGCCGCUGCAAUCCCGGCUAUUACAGAAGAGCAGAAGAAGUCCAUUGUCGAGAUAAAGAUGAGUGUUCAGAAGCAAGCCAGUAUUGUCAACACAACUGCGUAAAUACAGAUGGUUCAUUUAGGUGUGAAUGCAGAAGUGGAUAUAAACUCGCGGAUAAUACAAAUUGUUUUGAUGUGAAUGAGUGCAGAGAAGGAAUUUCAGGCUGUGAACAAAGAUGUGUAAAUAGUCAAGGUUCUUACCGUUGCGAAUGUGAAAUAGGAUACAGAUUACAAAGAGAUAAAGUGUCAUGUGUAGAUAUCGACGAAUGCAAACAACCUAGAGAGUAAAUACUGGCUGUAAAUGGAAAUGUGAAAACACUAUGGGGGG